GCCUGAGAGCGACCCCCAGCCACCACCACCAUGGCCAAGAUCAACAUCAACGAGCUCCCCGAGAACAUCCUGCUGGAGCUCUUCACGCACGUGCCCGCCCGCCAGCUGCUGCUGCGCUGCCGCCCGGUCUGCAGCCUCUGGCGGGACCUCAUCGACCUGGUGACGCUCUGGAAGCGCAAGUGCCUGCGCGACGGCUUCAUCACCCGGGACUGGGACCAGCCUGUGGCCGACUGGAAGAUCUUCUACUUCCUGCGCAGCCUGCAAAGGAAUCUCCUGCGCAACCCCUGUGCUGAAGAGGACAUGGCGUCCUGGCGAAUUGACUCCAAUGGGGGACACCACUGGAAGGUGGAGAGCCUCCCAGGAGACCACGGCGCUGACUUCCCCGACCCCAAAGUCAAGAAAUACUUCGUCACAUCCUUUGAAAUGUGCCUCAAGUCUCAGCUGGUGGAUCUCAAAGCCGAGGGCUAUUGGGAGGAGCUGAUGGACACGGUGCGGCCUGACAUCGUGGUGAAAGACUGGUUUGCGGCCCGGGCAGACUGUGGCUGCACCUACCACCUCCGGGUGCAGCUGGCCUCGGCCGACUACAUCGUCUUGGCGUCCUUCGAGCCCCCACCUGUGACCAUUGAACAGUGGAGCGAUGCCACCUGGAAAGAGGUCUCCCACACCUUCUCAGACUACCCGCCAGGCGUCCGUCACAUCCUCUUCCAGCACGGGGGGCAGGACACCCAGUUCUGGGCUGGCUGGUACGGCCCUCGCGUCACCAACAGCAGCAUCAUCAUCAGCUACAAACCAGCCAGGAACCCGGCCCCCGCCCCUCCGCGGCCCGAGAGGCUGCGGCGGGGGACGGAGGACAGCCCAUCGCUCUUCCCGCUGCGCUUCCACAGGCCAUGACCAGGCCACAGCCACCUCUGCCGUCUUCUCUCCCAGCCUCUGUCCUAGUCAGCCAAAGGCCUCUCCAGGCAGAUGGCUCUCCAGCCUUCAGCAGGGCCUCCCGCCCCAGGAGCCCUGCCUCCGUCCAGCUUGGGAAACCUCCAGCUUGUGGUGAUCUGCUGAUGCUUUGUUGUAAUAAAUAUUUUCAGGAAAACCCAGCCUGGGUGGCAUUUGCAG